AUUUAAUAAAUCUAUUGAAAACAAACAAAUAAAAUAAUGAGGUGGAGUGAAAGCGAAACUUAUGAAUUUGUAAAGCUGUAUUUCAGUCAUGAACAUCUUUGGAACAAUGAACACGAACACUACAAACUAAAUAAACUUCGUCUAAAAUCUUACAGAAAUAUUGUAUCUGAAUUUAACACAUUAACCGGCAUUUCAUUGACUGUAAGUGAAAUAAGAGGGAAAAUAAAGAAUUUGAGGUCGACGUACACUCAAGAAUUAAAUAAAAUUAAAUGCCGGUCUGGACCACACUACACUUACGAACCAACAAUUAAAUGGUUUGCUUAUUGGCAUAAACGUUUUCAACCGUAUUGGGUGCAAAAAGCUACAGAUUCAAAUUCCACGUUUGAGGAACCUGGAGACACAGACAAUGAAAGUCAGAAGUUGUGGAUUGCAAAUGACACUGGGAAUUUAAGUGAUGAUAUCCAUCAUUCAUUUGUUCCAGGCAACAAUAAUGACUUAACUCUAUUUUUAAAAUCUGAACCUGAAGAUAGUCAUCUUAACCAAAUUGUUAAAAGACAUAGGCCUCACAAAAUUAAAAGAAAAAAAAUUAAACUCCAUCUCAGCACAGGUGUUUCAGAUGAAAUGAGCUUUAGUUUACAGUCUAACAUGAAUUCAGUGAAGGAGGAUGAGUUUGAAAUUUAUGGUAAAUAUAUAGCAAUGCAAUUACGAACUAUGGAUUUAAGAAAAGCAUUAAGACUACAAAUAGAAAUACAAAGUUUAAUAGGUAAAGCGAGGCUGUCAGAUUUGUCUAAUCAGUAAUUUAUUAGUAUCUGUAGCUCUUAGUCGGACAAGUUAUUAAUAAUUUUAAUUUAAAAUCAGUUUGUCUUGCAAACAGAAACUCGGGUAUGGGUGGCGUCCAUAUAAAAUCAAUGUAUUGCCAAAACCAAACCAAAUAUGUUACAGAAUUUUUACUUCCAGUAUAAUUCAUAAGCAUAGAUAAAUUGACAAUAUUUUAAGCAAAAAUUUGCUGUAUAUAUGGACCAGAGUAAAGCAAAUAAAAUUCUUUCAUUCCAUAUUUAAAGUGUGCGAGAAAGCAAGCAUAUAUAGCUCUCCUGUUCCAAUGCUGUAGAAUAUGGCAACAAUACUGAGUUGUAAUUGAUAGGGAAAACAAUGAUUUCAUUUAUGAAUCAAUUUCAAAAAUAUUACUAACUUAAAUGUAUCUUUUAAUUAGUUAAAUAAUAAUUUAUAUAUUAUUAAUUUUUCAUUGUUAUUGUAAUUAAUUUUAUUUUGCAAAUUAAAGUUUUAUAUAUAUACUGGCAAUAUUU